AUGAAGCCAGUCGUGAGCGCAUUCAAUGCAUGGACAUGCAUCGUCAUCUCCGUGUUCGCCAUCAUAAUCCUUAGCACAAUCGGCGCAGGCAUGUUCGCCAACAACCAUCACUCCCUAGUCGGCUCGCACGAAGAUCCUCCAGAUGGUGGCAAAGUUGCCACAGCAGUCUUCUCUGCGGUUGCGAUAUAUGGCGCCUUCCUCCUAUUCUGCGGGUGUCAAGCACUUAUGCACCAACGAGCCAGCAGACGAGGCGAAAUAGCUUUGCGUUGA